AUGGCACCUCCCUCUGCAAUCCAGCCGUCCGAAGUCGUUGACGCUGCGUCGGUGCCGACCAACGGGCAUGAUAAAGCCGGAAAAGCAACACAUGAGUCUGGCCAUACAGAACACCAAGCCAAACCCUCAAGUAUGACGUUUCCUUCCGCGCCGAAAUUCGAGGAUAAGUAUCAGGAGAGACAGUAUCAGAAGGAGCGUUUGGCCCUGGCGUUUAGGAUCUUUGCGAAGUUGGGGUUCGAUGAGGGUGUUGCCGGACAUAUUACUUUGAGAGAUCCCGUUGAGCCCACAAGCUUCUGGGUUAAUCCUUUUGGGGUCCCUUGGCCUCUUCUAAAGGCGUCGGAUUUAAUUCUCGUCAACAAAGACGGAAAAGUUGUUGAUGGCGGCCCAUGUCGGCUUCUGAACACUGCUGCAUACAUGAUCCACCACGCCGUGCACACCGCUCGCCCCGAAAUCAACUGCGUCGCACACUCGCAUUCCAUCUAUGGGCGCGCAUUCUGCUCCCUCGGCCGAAACAUUGACAUUAUAUCACAAGACUCAUGUGCCUUUUACAACGACAUCGCCGUUUACAACUCCUUCCGAGGAAUCGUAUUGGCUGCAGACGAAGGUGUUGCUAUCGCCAAGGCUCUCGGUCAAAAGAAAGCCGCUUUGCUGCAAAACCACGGUCUGUUGACUUGUGGAAAGACUAUCGAGUCUACGGUAUUCUGGUUUAUGAGUUUGGAGAAAUGUUGCCGUGUCCAGCUGCUUGCGGAUGCAGCUGCGGGAGGGAGGGGGCAUGAGACGGUGAAGAUUGCGGAUGAGGAUGCAGCUUUUACAUACCAGUCAGUGGGUACGGAAAGGGCUGGCUGGUUCAGCGCCAAGCCGACAUUCGAUAUGAUGGAGCACGAGAGUGGGUAUGCCUAUAAGAUGUAAGCUUGCUGUGUUAUCUUUCAUUAGAGUCAAAUAGCC